GGGGUACCCAAAAUACGACUACCUACUACCCUCCCCCUUUCUUCCUGCAUCGCAUUGCAUCCUCCCCUUAUGCUCGCCAAAUCCUCGAUCCUCCCAACAAUUCCCAUAUAAUCAGCUCCGCGCAGGUCUUCGUCGACCUGUCCGUUUCUGCCACUUUCCUUCUCCUCUAUGCGACGCACCUCGGUCUCGCUGCCGACCAGAAACGUAGCUCAAGAUCCUUACGAAAAAGCAGGCAGAUAUUCGUACUCGGGCGCUCGUGAAGGCGCCGCCGGCACUCUGGAUAAAGCAAAAUCCACCUGGAUGGCGCAAAGUCAGCGUUCCAGGUAUUUGAAGACGGGAGGAAUUCUGUUCUUCGUGGUCUUCUUGUUCUACUAUUUAUCCCCAUCUGGGGUGGAUGUGUACAGUGGAGGUAGGUCAAUGCUCGCAGAUUGCCAAUUCAGAUCAUGCUCUAACCUGUCGAAAUUGAAGGCAAAACCACUCUUAAGACUGGGGGAGGUCAAUCGGCAUCAGACCCGUCUCUAGGUACAACGAAGUGCUCGAAGUCCAGCGACAAGUCAAAACCAAUUGUCCAAUAUGCCCUCAUGAUCGAUGCUGGGAGCACUGGAUCCAGAAUCCAUGUCUACAAGUUCAAUAACUGCGGACCAACGCCUGAACUGGAAAAGGAGGAAUUCAAAAUGACUGAAAAGAAGAAGGGAGGUUCUGGAUUGAGUUCUUUUGGCACUGACGCUGAAGGAGCUGCGAAGAGUCUCGAUGUUCUUAUGGAUGUUGCAAUGAAAGAGGUCCCUGAUAAACUCAAGGGGUGCACACCUGUUGCAGUAAAGGCAACUGCGGGGCUUCGUCUACUGGACAAAGAUCAACCUAAUACAGAGAAGAGCCAGAAUAUUCUCGAUGCCGUUCGAACUAGAUUAGAGACUGUAUACCCUUUCCCAGUCGUCUCCAAGGAGGAAAAUGGUGUAGCCAUCAUGAACGGGAAAGAUGAGGGUGUUUAUGCCUGGAUCACUACCAACUUCUUGCUUGGCAAUAUUGGAAGCCCGGAGAAGACCAAAACAGCAGCAGUAUUCGAUCUUGGUGGUGGUUCUACUCAAGUCGUUUUCGAGCCCAACUUCCACCUCCCCAAUAAAAUGGAAGAAGGAGACCACAAGUAUAAGCUUGAAUUCGGAGGAAGAAAUUUUGAAUUGUACCAACAUUCUCAUCUUGGCUACGGUCUGAUGUCAGCACGAGAAUCCAUCCACGCUGCACUAAUCAACAAUGUCUACAACACAAAGAAGGAUGAUAUCACUUCGGAUUGGAUUUCCAAACCAGUCACCAAUCCUUGUAUCACCCCAGGAAUGGCACGUCAAAUUGAUGUUAAGCUCGAAAAGGGCCACCCUCUCGGAGACAAAGUGUCUGUCAACAUGACGGGUCCAUCAUCCGCAUCACCUGCACAAUGUCGCAAACUUGCCGAGCAAAUCUUGAAAAAGGACGCCGCUUGUACUGUGGCUCCUUGCUCGUUUAACGGAAUCCAUCAGCCUUCCUUAGAAAAGACUUUCUCUCGCGAGGACGUUUACACAUUCUCCUACUUUUUCGACAGAACUGACCCACUUGGAAUGCCAGAGUCGUAUACUCUGAGAGAUCUUCAACGACUCACAGACCAAGUUUGUGGAGGGCGAGAAAGCUGGGAUAUGUUUGAAAACAUACCCGGUGCAAUGAAAGAGCUUGAGGGUCGUCCAGAACAUUGUCUCGAUUUGAACUUUAUGAUGGCUCUUUUGCACACUGGUUAUGAAAUGCCUAUUGACAGAGAAGUCAAGAUCGCCAAAAAAAUCAAGGAUAAUGAACUUGGUUGGUGUCUUGGAGCAAGGUAUGUUUUGUUGCUCGUUACGUUUGGGCAUCCUUGCUAACAUAUUCAUUAGCCUUCCUUUAUUGAGCCAGUCAUCAGGCUGGAAAUGUCGUAUUAAGGAGGUUUCGUAGGUAAACGAAAAUAGAAUGCAUUGUAGGAGUCAAGGGUAUUUUUUUUUAAUUACGCUGGUGCUUAUCAGCGGGUCUCAUCAGAGCACCAAACUUCAUUUGAGUAUACAUUGCUACGACUUACCCUCGUGUAUGUAUACAUGCUUAUUUUCUGGACGAGGUAACACCUAGGGGAGCUCGGUGUGUUAUCUCGAGGAUGAUCAUGAAUUGAAUGUCUUUCAAUGUAUUCUAUUAUGCCUUAUUGCCUAUAAGAUCAAAGCGUCUUCUGGGGAUGACUCUCUCUUAUUCUCUGCUCAACGAUAUGUAUCCUUACUUCUUGCAUGUCUACCGCGUCUGUUCCACAUCCGCUUCAAGUAACACCUCCAGUAGUACUUCCCACUUCCCACUUCAUACUAUACCCCAAUCAUCGCCAUCUAAAAUGACCCUUCAAAGGCGAAAGGACGAGAUUCUCACUCACCUUACCCCAAAGCUUAGGACAAACACUCGAAAAACACCCAACCACAACAUCCUCCGUCGAAGCAUCCUCCCCCCUUCCCUUCAACCCAACAACAUCCUCCCCCUUCCGUCCCCCAUUCUCGCCAUCCCCCCGAACAUCCUCGCUACUCCCGCCCGUCUCCGCAUCAACCUCGCCCUCAACAGGCCCAGGCCCAGCCCUCAACUCCACCCUCCCCCUCUCCCUCUACCUCUCCCUCCACAAACCUCUCCCCCUCCACAAAAUGUCUCCCCCUCCCCAAUGGUCCAUCAUAGUUCCCCUCAUCGUGCAGACGCAAUCGUUGGGGAUGCUCUCGUUGGGGGACGUGUAAGAUGUGUGCUUGGAGGUAGUGUAGAUCCCUGUCUUCUUCUGUUUUGAAGGGCUGCCGAUGGGGACAUUUUGGACAGUGUUGGGUCGAGCGGGCGUGUNUGUAAGAUGUGUGCUUGGAGGUAGUGUAGAUCCCUGUCUUCUUCUGUUUUGAAGGGCUGCCGAUGGGGACAUUUUGGACAGUGUUGGGUCGAGCGGGCGUGUGGGAGGGAGGGGUUACGGAAGGGGGGAAGGAUUGUGAGGUGUGGGUUUUGGCGGGGUGGGGGCAUUGGUGUGCGCUUUUUGGUGGUGUGGUGGUUUGUGUGGUGGAUUGGGUUGUUUGGUGAUAGGUAAUGGGUUUAUGGAGAUGGUUACCAUAUGUUUGAAUGUUUGAUGGACAGGAGGCGGUUCAUGGGUUGAGCAGUUUGGUUUAUACUUGUUGGAUGAGUCUGUGAUUGUACUAUUAUACUGUUGCGGAAUGAAAGUGAAUCUGUCAAUGUCAAUAUCAACAUCAAACUAUCUCUGUAGACAUAGCUGUGUUCAACCACCAGUGAACAGACUAAGCGGGUUGGUGCAGCAUUCACUUUUACAUACGCCAUUCAAUUAAGGCUUGAGCCACUCUCCUCUACUGAGAACAUUGAACUCGUAGUCCUCAGAAGUUAAUUCAACAGCUUUUUUGCAUUCAACGAUAGCUUAUGGAAGCUGAGCUGUAGUUUCAAGGUGGCCCAACAACACCAAUCCUUUGACCUUGGAUAACGGAUGAUCGUGGAGAACGAAGAGUCUGUUAACGUGGAUUUUCACUGCGGAAGAGAAGCGGUUGAGACUUUGAGAAGCCUGAGAGCACCUUCAUUUAUCGAUCUCUCAAAAUAGGGGUUUGAAGUGAGCGCCCAUUUGUUUAAUGAGUGAAUAUAUGAUGCUGACAAUUCUAAGCAGGAACUUGAGCUACGAUUGCUGAAUAUGUAUCUGGCUUGCAAUAAGCCAUUUUUUCAGUAACGUAUACACAUCUUCAACUCUAGGGUUUUUGUAGAAGCCUAGAAUUAUGUCUCCAAAUCUGGAUAUUGAGUGCCAAAUAGACUAGACAGAUCUUCGGGGUAUAAUAUUAUUGAUAUAGCUUGGAGAAGUUGUUGUGCGUCUUUAACGAAUCUGCCUCCCUACUUGAGAACUUGAUCGAUCAUUGCAAUGUAGACGACAGUCUCUCAAAAGAACCAUCUAGACUUACGGCAGUCGUUGGAAUGACCAAUUGAGGACCGUACCGGUUCUAGAGGGUUGAUAUUUGAGAGAAUUGAUGAAGUGCACUUUCAGGUCUCACUUCCAGCAAAAGUUGACCAGUCUUAACAUUAAAACGUACUUCGUGCCAAUGGACUGGUAAAGCCCAGCGAUGCAACUGACAUUAAGUGGGAAAAAAGAAAAUGGACAAAUCGAUGGAACACAAAUUCACUUGUGAAAGGGUGACGUGGUAAAAUGGCAGUGGUAAUAAUUGGGGGCUGUAGGUUGGCAAUGUAAAAUUCAAAGGGAUUUGAACAUGGCUAUCGCAAACUGAUUACCGCCGUGUAAGUAAACUAUUCGAAAUGGGUUCAAGCCAAAUGUAAUACGGAUACUGCUCAACGUCGAGGUCAAAUUGGCUUGACCUAAUUGUAGGUCCCUGUGGCACUCGCCGCAACCCCCAAGACUUGACUUCUUUGAUUUCCAAAUGCUUCUGGGCUACACGUUCUGCGAGUAUUGGUUGCGUGAACCCGAGAAUCUUUCGCGUCUGACUCGAUCAAACAUGUCGUCACUUCGUUGUUUCUCUCCGGAGUUGGGUACGUGGAUCGAUUGAUGGUUUCGGACAAGGUUUUCUUCAAAUCUGUACGAAAGUAGGAGCAAAUGUACAACCUCAAAUCUGCAUGCAGGUGAAAAGCUUCCAUUCAGUCAAGAGCAAUGUACGUUUCGGGCAUCAUAACCAUCCUCCAAUAACACACAUUCCCUCCGUCCCUCGAGAAACCCCCCGUCUCAAAGAGCAAAAAAAUCUGGUGAUUCACCCCAUCCGUAAAACUCCAUGCCGUGUGUAAACAUCCGUCCGAUCGAGGUUGUCACUUUUGCCCGGUUCGCAGAAAUCGAUUUGGAGGCAUUGUUGCCGUGCGAGUGAUUUAACGGUGCUAUAACAGGCCCAAUGUGUCAGAUUCUUGCUAGCUUCCAAAUAUUCCUGGAUAUGGUAAUUUCAAGGGCGAGAUUCCUUACCUUGACAAAUCCAAUAUCGGCUGCCUUCUCUCUGAAGCAUUGUCUGCAGAUGUUCAAUCCAUACUUUCGGAUGAGACCAGCUUUGUGUGUGCAGACGCGGCUUUAAUUCAAGUUAGCACUAAUUGCUCUUCCAUGGCCCCUCCUCCGUCCCUUAAAUGUAUAUCAUCAUUUGUAGGGCGGCUCUCGAAUCGUGGGGCAGCUGUACGUACCAAGCGCGGGCGCCCUUUCCGUAGGUUCGGGGUCUAGAGUUCCAGACUGAUUCGUGAGACAUUUUGGAGAUGCGAUUUGACGGUUCGAGGUGUUCGGUACGUCGUCGUCGGGGGUGGAUUGGCGGGUUGUCGAUGUCGUAUGAAAUUAUCAAAAAUAUCUCGCGAAAUUGCCCGUGGUGGGCGCUGUUAGGGCUCAGAGCGGGCGGUGAACCAAUUUCCACGUGAUGCGGCAGAAUCCAACCUCGGGAUUUUGCCGCCGAUGAGGCCGAGAAGGCUACAGUACAUUAUCCUCAGCCUUGUCAAAACAAACAACCCCUCUCUCCAUCAAAUCAAACCAGGACACAACAUAAGAAGAGCUCUUCAAUCCAUUUCAUCUACCCGCAAUGGUACUCUAACUCCUCUGACUAAUUAAAACAUUACUAACCAUUCGCUAAGUCUAAAGACUCUUCCUAUACCUACGUCCACUUCACACGAGCGAGGGACGCAGACCUCUUCGAAGACUUCUGCAAAGACAAACUCCCAGACGAUGAAAUCUACGUUCCUCCACAUAACCAGCCAAUCAAUCCCGAAGACGAAGACGAUGUAGUGCCAGAUCAGCACGCAGCGUUUGGUAUUCAGAGAGCCACACAAAAGACCAAAGAGCCUGCUUGGAAAGAUUUGGGAUUGGCUGAACUGAUGAAGAAAGGCCCCGAAAAGACUCAACCCGCUGGAGGUGCUUUCAAAGGGUCGAAGGCUUUGCCGAGAUGAUGGAUUAUGAAUAUUCUGCGGGGGGUGGAUGCGGCGAACCUUCGACUUGCUGAGCAUACAUAUCCAACGAAAUGGGUGCGAAACACAAACCCGAGGAGCAAUCGUCGCAAUGAAUUCAAUGAAAUUUACGGAUCCUAUCACAAGCAUCAUACCGGGUGAGCUGCAGGGGGUCAUAGUAGAAGCAGACCGAAUCCAGUUCUCACAGCUCUGGGCCCUCCACACUCAACUACUCAAGCAAGGCAAAUUUAUAUUAUUGCCUAGAGCAAAUGGAAGGCUUUGGCGAGCACAAUGCGUGGGUAUCUUAGAGUAGCAAUUACAUAGUUCCAUGAUGUUAUGACAUGGGAUAUGAGA